CGGAAGCGCGGAGCGGGCGACUUCCGGCUGUGCGCGAGCCCCGAGCGGAGGCGAGCCCGCGAGCCUGCACCCCGACGAGACAAGAUGGCCGGGCUGCCCCGCAGGAUCAUCAAGGAAACCCAGCGCUUGCUGGCAGAGCCAGUCCCUGGGAUAAAAGCAGAACCAGAUGAAAGCAACGCACGUUAUUUUCACGUGGUCAUUGCAGGUCCACAGGAUUCCCCCUUUGAGGGUGGGACAUUUAAACUUGAACUAUUCCUUCCAGAAGAAUAUCCAAUGGCAGCUCCUAAAGUACGUUUCAUGACCAAAAUUUAUCACCCUAAUGUAGACAAGCUGGGAAGAAUAUGUUUAGAUAUUUUGAAAGAUAAAUGGUCCCCAGCUUUGCAGAUUCGUACAGUUCUGCUAUCAAUCCAGGCUUUGUUAAGCGCUCCCAAUCCAGAUGAUCCACUAGCAAAUGAUGUAGCUGAGCAAUGGAAGACCAAUGAAGCCCAAGCCAUAGAAACAGCCAGAGCAUGGACUAGGCUAUAUGCCAUGAAUAAUAUUUAAAUGCGCUUUGAACAUCAAGUGUGCAUCACUUCUCCUGUUCUGCCAAGACCUCUUCCUUUUUUGUUUGCAUUUAAUGGACACAGUCUUAGAAACAUUACAGAAUAAAAGCCCAGACAUCUUCAGUCUUUUGGUGAUUAAAUGCACAUUAGCAAAUCUGUGUCUUGUCCUAAUUCACUAUUGUAACGCAUGAGCAGAGGCUAGAAGUAUCAUCUGGAUUGUUGUGAAAUUGUUUAAAAGCAGCAGCACAUCUCUGCUUUUAAUCCCAUCGUGGUUUAAGCAUAAGCACUGUGAAUGAAGGUAGGCAGGGUUAGCUGCGGGGCUUUUCGUUUUAAUUUUGUGGGCUCCUCCUCCCUUUUUAUGGUGAUGCUAAUUGCAUUGAUAAAAGCAGCUAACCAGUUAUACUUUAGAAUAUACCCUCUAGCCCAGUCUAACUUAGACGCUGUAGAUGGACAAGCUUCAUUGUUUGAACAAAAAAUGGGAACAUUAAACAUCCAUCACCUUCACUAAUAAUAUUGUGAUUCUGCUGUCAAGUGUAGAAAAAUCCCUCAGAGAAAAAGCUUGUGACCAUUUUGUAUGGCUUGUCUGGAAAAUCUCCUGUAAAUCUUAUGUUUUAGUAAAAUAUUUUUUGUUAUUCUACUUUGCCUUUGUACAGUUUAUUUUGCUGUGUUUUCAUUUCUCUAAUGUGACAAUCGUAUUUAAAAAGAAAAAAAAAAACAUGGAAACCAGAAUUGACAAUUUGUCUUUGCUAGUCUGACAGAUUAAAAGAGUAAAGAGGUGGAAUUUACAAGAUGUUUUGCUUCUGUACGCUGACUUUUUUCAUUAGCUUGUGUGAUGUGGGUGACCUUACCUGUCCAAUUUAGUACAAAGUUACAUUUGGAUUGACUUGGGGGGGAGGGAGGGAAAAAAUCUGUUACAAUUAUAAUCAUCAUUUUGAUAAUGCGUUGAUACGCAUUGUCACGGAAAUGGAGUGUAAUCAAGUAGGAGGCUGAGAACAAAGAUAGCAGUAAUUGUGAGCAUCUGCAUAACUUGUCUUUGAUUAUCAUCAAUUGUUACACUUUUCUAACUUGAAUUCCUGUCCUCAGUAAACAUGAAACGUAUCAAUGCACGGAAACAGUUGCAGCUAGCUUAUAUAUCAACAUGUUUGCUUAACCACGUCUAGCUAGCACCUCUUACCACUGCUUUUAUCUACUGGCCUUAUGCCUUAUUAAGCUGUUUGCUUGAACAACCAGUCUGCGUCAAUAGCAGCAAUGCUUCUGUAUUGGAGGGAAGGGAAUUUUGGUGUGAUGCUUCCUUCUUGUCCUUGUGUUUGAGUGCAUGUAUCGUGUCUGGGAAUCCAGCAGCUUUUCUGGGAACCCAUCUUAUUACUUUCUAUAACUUCUUGUAUCCCUGUUCCCAUAUUUGCUCCAACCUCUCAAAUAGAAUUGUAAAAGCUUUUAGCAAGGCUGACCUGAAAUUUAUGAGUGACAGCUAGCUGUGGUUGCAGUGGGGAGUGCUGUUGUGCAAUUUGGGUUAUGGUCAUGUAGGCUAUUGGUGUUCUCCUUCCUCUCUUUACCUCUUACUCUAGUAACAGCUGAAACCUCUAUGGAAUGUGGUCUAUUUAUUGUGCUCCUAAGGGAGAUUAAGAGUAUGUAUUAAAACUGCUUUUCUUCCAAACAAAAUGCUUUCACUGAAUGGUAACUGGUCUUUUCCCUUGGAAUACUUCAGGUGUGAUUGAAGCUUAGUUCAGAAUUCAACUUCAUGAUACAAAACAAACCCCCUUAAAAGUAGUUUCCGUAUUGAAUAUAAGCCAGAGUUGCGUUGAAAGCUUGGAGCAGGUUGCUUUUCAGAAUGGAAGUGCUGUUAACCCUACCUUCAUGUUACAAAUGAGCAUGUGCUUGGCUUCGGCUGCUGUGUGUCCCCUGUAUGCUAUUAACACGGGCAGCUUUUGUGGCAGGCAGCUGAGAAAGCGUGAGUGUGUGCAGUAGGCCCUGCAUUACCUUCACCUACCUCUUAAAGCUUGAUAUGGGCACUCCCCACUGCAUAAAGCUUGCCUCACAUCUCUGGUGUAAGGAAGCACAGUGUGGCCGGGCGGUCAGAGCCCUGAGCAUCUCCUGUGAAUGUGGCUUUCUCCUCCUUUGGCAGAGAAGCAGGUUCUGAAGUGGUGCUUCACAGCAUGUGGCUUCAAAGUAGGUGGGCUGAAUCCAGAGCCAGGGCAUUGAGCAGACGGUCGGUGUUUGUAUGUGCAUAGCUUAAAGCCUGGCUGUUUGAGAUGAGAAUGUAAUUAAAUCUACGAGUAAGUUCUUGAUGGAAUAUUAUUAAUA